UAUUGGCAAAUAGGCCUCCCCUUGAUAUUUACUAAUUACGGAAUAUUGCUUUUAUUUAAAAUGUUGACAUUUUAAUUUUUUUAAUUGUUAUUCAAUGUGGUAAUUAAAUACUUUUAUUUGGUACAAAUUUAAAAAAUAAAAUCGACAUUACCGAAAAUAUUUAAAAGUUAAAAAAUUGAGGUUCUUUGCAUAUCCCUGCUUCAACUCUUAAGAAAGUGUUGUAUAUUGAGUUUUUUUCGGAAAUGGCAACUUUAAGCGAACUUCAAACACUACUUCAGAAAAAAACUGAAGAACUGUUGAUAAAAGAUAGAACAAUAGAAACACUACAAGCUGAACUUAUUAUAAAAAAUAAUCGAAUAGCUAAAUUGGUGAGUGAAAACGAAAAGCUUCAAAAUUACCAACAUCAGUCAAAACCAAAACUUUCAGUGGUCAAAACAACAGACUUUUUAUCAGCAGAAAAUGCCAGCUCAUCUACUUCAACCACCUCGGUUCCUCCCGAGACCAAAAGCCAAACAGUUCUCUCCACGCCUUUGCUUACCGACUGGCAUAAAAAUUGGUUCAAAGAUGACAGCGCUAAUGACUUACGAGUCUUUUACUCAAGCAAUCGCAAAGUUCCACUGAAGAAAACUAAAAGAUUGGCUGUUUCGGCUGAGUCAGCAGAGUUUCAACCCACCACAACAGCCGAUCGUCGUAAAAUAAUGACUAGAGUUGGAAAAGACAUGAGCACUAAGGAGCUGUUGAACAAGGCCAUACAAGACAACGAACUACUUCAAAAAUUGGACGCAUUUCAGGUAAGAGAGGUGGUCGACUGCAUGCACGCCAUUGAGUUCUCAAAAGAUUCGCUGAUCAUCAAAGAAGGUGGACAGGGCUCGCUGUUGUUCGCCGUGGAAGAAGCCCAGAAUCAAUCAGCGGAAGCCCAUAAUCAGUCACUGGAAGCCUCCAAUUUAUCAAUGGAGGGACUAGUGGCUUCACCAGACCGUGAAAGAGAAAAAUGUUAA